AUGAAAAAAUCUUUCCUUCUUUCUUUUUUCUUUAUUUCAUUUUUGGAGCGGAUUUUUCUUCUUUGCUGUUUUAACAGAGUUUUCUUUGAUCUUUCUUUCUUUUUUGUUUCUUUCUGCGAACUAAUUUUUCUUUUGUUUUCAAAGAUCUCACUUUCUUUCUUUCUUUCUUUAUUUUUGAGUACUAAUUUUUCUUUUCUUUUGUUUUCAAAGAUCUCACUUUCUUUCUGUCUUUCUUUCUUUCUUUCUUUUUUCUUGAAAAUAAUAUUUCUUUUUUGUUCUGUUUCAGAAUUUUUCUUUCUUUCUAUUUUAGGACGGCUUUAUAUUUUCAUUCUUUAUUUCAUUCGUUCUUUCUUUCUUUCUUUCUUACUUUCUUUCUUUUACCUUUUUUCUUCUUUUUUUCUUUCUUUCUUUCAUUCUAUCUUUCUUUUUUUUGCUUUUUUCUGCCAUUUUUUUCAAAUCGCUUCUUUCGUUGUUUUAAAACCUUCAUUUGAUCUUUCUUCCAUUCUUUCUUUCUUUCUUUUUUUUCUUUCUUUCUUUCUCCUUUCUUUCUUUCUUUCUUUCUUUCUUUUUUUUCUUUCUUUCUUUCUCCUUUCUUUCUUUCUUUCUUUCUUUCUUUCUUUCUUUCUUUUUUUCUUUUUUUUCUUUCUUUCUUUCUGUUUUAGGAUGGCAUUAUAUUUAUUUAAUUCGCCUUUCUACCUUUCUUUUCUCUCCUUCAGCCUUUCUUUCUUUCUUUCUUUCUUUAUUUUUUUUUUUUUUUUUCUUUCUCCUUUCUUUUCUUCUUUCUUUUUUUUUUUUUUCUUCUUUCUUUCUGUUUUAGGAUGGCAUUAUAUUUAUUUAAUUCGCCUUUCUACCUUUCUUUUCUCUCCUUCAGCCUUUCUUUCUUUCUUUCUUUCUUUCUUUUUUUUUCUUUCUUUCUUUCUCCUUUCUUUCUUUCUUUCUUUCUUUCUUAUGACGACUUUUUAUUGUCUUCAUAUUUCUUCUUUCUUUCAUUCUAUUUUUUUGAUCUGCUUUUUUUUCUCCAUAUUUUUAUUUCCAAUAUUUAUUUCGUUUUUCUAUCUUUUUUUCAGUUUUUUUUUCAUUUCUUUUCAUGCUGAACUUGCUUUUCCCAUCAUCAAUUUUUUUGCUUCGAUUUUCUGUCUACUUUCAUUUGAAAAGGAUUUUUCCUGUUUCUCUUCCUGUCAUGUUUUCUCCCCUUCCUGUUUAAGAUUUCCUCCAUUGAUAUAUUCAUCUUUUUCAAGCUCUGUCAUAAGUAACCAUCUCUCUGUAUUCAUCAAUUAUUUCCGGCAAAGCUUAACACUGGCUUCGAUUCUCCCUGCCAUAAUUCUAUGGAUAUUCCCACCUUCUUCAGUUUUGCCUCUCACUUCCCAAGGCCUCUCUUUACGUCCUUUCAACAUUUUAUAUGUUGCUAAACAUUUUCUUCCAUUUCUCCACGCCAUACCCUUGUGUCGUCUGCAUUCUUUGAUUUCUAUUCAUUUUGACUUGGUUUUUAACACUUGCUUUGCAAAAUUUUCUUUUUCUUUCCUCAAAUACGUUACAAAUUCUUUUUUCCUUUCUUUCAUUUUCUUUCUUUCUUUUUUUUUCUUUCUUUCUUUCUGUCAACUCUUCUGUUUUUCUCAUUAA